AUGUCAUUACCUCCCGUAAAUCCGCCCGUAUCUGCGACACUCCCAUCCGAUUCGUUCCAACUCCUACCAGAAACUCAAAAGUCUGGUGCCACAGAAGAUGCUCUAUACGAGCAACAGAUUAAAGAUGUAAAAGAAUGGUGGGCGUCGCCUAGGUUCGAAGGUAUUAAGAGGCCGUACAGUGCUGCCGAUGUCGUAUCGAAACGAGGAUCACAGCUCCAGAAUUAUCCGAGCUCCCUUAUGGCGAGGAAACUCUUCAACUUAAUCAAAGAGAGACUAGCGAAAGGGGAACCGAUACAUACUAUGGGCGCUAUCGAUCCCGUACAAAUGACGCAACAAGCACCACAUCAAGAAGUCCUUUACAUCUCUGGCUGGGCAUGUUCCGCCGUCCUCACCACCACCAACGAAGUUUCCCCCGACUUUGGCGACUACCCUUAUAAUACCGUACCGAACCAAGUCCAACGUCUCGCUAAAGCACAAUCGAUGCACGACCGAAAACAAUGGGACCUGCGACGGAAAUUAACACCGGAAGGCCGGAAGGAUACACCGUAUAUUGAUUACUUCCGCCCUAUUGUCGCCGAUGGAGAUACUGGCCAUGGUGGGCUGACUGCUGUGCUGAAACUCGCGAAAUUGUUUGCUGAAAAUGGCGCCGCCGCUGUUCACUUUGAGGAUCAAUUACAUGGCGGCAAGAAAUGUGGUCACCUGGCAGGAAAGGUCUUAGUACCUAUAGGCGAACACAUCAACCGAUUGAAUACUGCCCGCUUCCAAUGGGACGUCAUGGGCACCGAGAAUCUAGUAAUUGCGCGUACCGACUCAGAAAGUGGUAGACUCAUUUCAAGUGCGGUCGACGUACGGGAUCACGAAUUCAUACUCGGUGUCGCCGAAGAGGGCACAGCGCCCUUAGCAGAGACAUUACAAGAGAUGGAGGCUGCAGGUGCAUCAGGUGCAGAAAUUGACAUUUUCGAAGCCGACUGGGUGAAGAAGACCCGAUUAAUGACUUUCGACGAGGCUGCUGUCGAGCAAUUGACAUCGCAGGGCGUAUCACAAGACAAGAUCGAUGCUUACCUCAGAGCUACUAAGGCCGAUCGCAACAUGGGUAUUACAAAACGUCGUGAGCUCGCGAACCAGUACGCCACCAAGCCCAUCGCCUUUAGCUGGGAUAUCCCGCGUACUAGAGAAGGCCAUUACCACUACCGUGCCGGUAUGGAAGCCGCUACAAAGCGAGCCAUUGCUUUCGCUCCCUAUGCCGACCUUCUAUGGGUCGAGACCGGUGAUCCAAAAGUCGAGGUUGCAGCUAAGCUUGGUCGCGCAGUAAGGGAAGCUUCCCCAGGCAAGGGCCUCGUGUACAACCUAUCGCCGUCAUUCAAUUGGAUGGCCCACGGCUUCACCGAUGUGACACUUAAGUCCUUCAUCUGGGACAUUGCUAAGGAGGGCUUUGUGCUGCAAUUGAUUUCGCUUGCUGGUUUGCACAGUACCGCUACUAUCACGAAUGAGUUGGCCAAAGAGUAUAAGAAAGAUGGUAUGCUGGCUUAUGUCAACCUUGUCCAGCGACGCGAAAAGGAACUCGGUUGUGAUGUUCUAACGCAUCAGAAGUGGAGUGGCGCCAGUUACAUGGAUGGUAUCGUGGGUGCGAUCCAGAGCGGUAGCAGCGGAAGCAAGAGUAUGGGUGAAGGAAACACAGAGGGUCAAUUUCACUGA